GACAGAGCACUUGCUCUCCUGAUCAUGUGAAAUUUAAAAUGCUUUCAUAUGAGUCCGUGAGCAGGUACUAUUAUUUUAAACUACCGACGUGCAAACUAAACAGGACACAUCUGUUGGAGAGUCGUAAGGAGGAUAUAUCCUGGACAAUAUUGCGCGCGGCAGGACAGAUGAAAACAUCUGAAUAUCGAUAGAAGGACGGAAGGGAAACAGCUACCUUUACAGCACAGCAGUAGAACUGUUUUUUUGUGAUAGUUGUAUUUUCAAGUCGGACGCGAUGCUGUGAGGAGGGAAGAGAAAGGACAGGUUGAUGGGAGCUUGACUUGAGCUAUUGAGGAACCACUUGACAUCGAAAGCAACACGCUGCGCUCUUCACAAGGAUGGAGUAGCCGUUCCUGGUCUUGAACCUAAACGGCCCAUCGAUACACCUCCAACAACUUCAACCUGACAAGCCAGUGCAUCUUUCUAGACCUAACAUCACCGUACCUUGCGAGUUGUUUCUUGGAGUGGCGUCGGAGUUUGUUCACUCGUGGAGGUGGAGGUUACUAUGCCACAAUGAAUCUGCAGCAGUUUGUCAUCCUCUGUGGAAUUUUGCAUUCUGGGGUACUAGGCUCCCGGGUGCGUCAGGAGGACGCCCCUCCCCGGAUCGUGGAGCACCCGUCGGACCUGAUCGUCUCCAAGGGCACUCCGGCGACCCUGAACUGCAAGGCGGAGGGUCGCCCUGCUCCCACCAUCGAGUGGUACAAGGACGGCGAGCGCGUGGAGACGGACCGGGACAACCCGCGCUCGCACCGCAUGCUGCUGCCCAGCGGCUCGCUCUUCUUCCUGCGCAUCGUCCAUGGCCGCCGCAGUAAGCCCGACGACGGCACCUACGUCUGCAUCGCCAGGAACUACCUCGGGGAGGCCUCCAGCCGGAACGCGUCGCUGGAAGUGGCAUUGCUAAGGGAUGAUUUCCGCCAGAACCCCCAGGAUGUGGUGGUGGCGGUGGGGGAGCCGGCCACCCUGGAGUGCCAGCCCCCGCGGGGACACCCGGAGCCCACCGUCUUCUGGAGGAAAGACAAGGCCCGUCUGGACAUGAAGGACGAGCGCAUCUCUGUGCGUGCAGGGAAGCUGGCGAUUGCGAGCACCAAGAAGAGUGACGCCGGCAUGUACGUGUGUGUGGCCUCCAACAUGGUGGGCGAGAGGGACAGUGAGAUGGCCCAGCUCUCCGUGUUUGAGCGGCCCACGUUUGUGCGGCGUCCGGUGAACCAGGUGGUCCUGGUGGAGGAGAGUGUGGAGCUGAGAUGUCAGGUGCAGGGAGACCCGCCGCCCACACUGCGAUGGAGGAAGGAUGACGCAGACGUGCCUCGAGGAAGGUACGAGAUGAAGUACGAUAAGGAGGACUUUGUCCUGCGCAUCAAGAAGGUGGUGGCGGGAGACCAGGGCUCCUUCACCUGCCUGGCGGAGAACCGCGUGGGGAAAGUGGAGGCCACCGCCACACUCACCGUCAGAGCCCGGCCGGUGGAGGCGCCACAGUUCGUGGUGCGGCCGCGGGACCAGAUCGUGGCUCAGGGCCGUACGGCGACCUUCCCCUGCGAGACCAAAGGCAACCCCCAGCCCACCGUCUUCUGGCAGAGAGAGGGCAGCCAGAGCCUGCUGUUCCCCAGCCAGCCCUCUCAGCCAGACGGCCGGUUCUCGGUGUCUCAGGAGGGGCAGCUGAGUAUCUCUGGUGUGCAGAGGGCCGAUGCCGGCUACUACACCUGCCAAGCCCUCACCGUAGCCGGCAGCAUCCUGGCCAAGGCCCUGCUGGAGGUCUCCGACGCAAAUAAGGACCGCCCCCCUCCCAUCAUUCGCCAGGGGCCGGCCAAUCAGACGCUGGCCGUGGACGGCGUGGCGGUGUUGGGGUGCCAGGCGUCGGGGGACCCCGAGCCCUCGGUCACGUGGCAGAAGGACGGGGUCAGUCUCCUGGGGAAAGACCCCCGCAUGACCCUGCUGGAGCCCGGAAGUCUGCAGAUCAAGGACACCAAGCUCUCCGACUCGGGCCUGUACACUUGCCUGGCAACCAGUUCUACUGGGGAAACCUCGUGGAGUGCCUUCCUGGAUGUGCGAGAGUCCAGCGAGCUGCCAGACUCAAUUUCCCACAAUGCCUCUGCCCUGCCGGGCCCGCCCUCCAAGCCCGAGGUCACCAACGUCACCAAGAGCAGUGUCUCGUUGUCCUGGCAACAGGUGCCCGAGGACAGCUCCCAAAUUUCCUCCUACGUCAUCGAGGCCUUCGGCCAAUUGGUGAGUAACAGUUGGCAGACGGUGGCCGAUCAUGUGCGGAGCCCCCAGUUCACGGUGAAGGACCUACGUCCCAACACGGUCUACCUGUUCAUCAUCCGGGCGGUCAACCCCCAGGGCCUGGGAGACCCCAGCCCCAUGUCCGACCCCGUACGCACCAAAGACAUCAGUCCCCCGGCGGAGGGUGUGGACCACCGGCGUGUGCAGCAGGAGCUGGGGGACGUGGUGGUCAGCAUGCACAACCCCGUGGUGCUCAGCUCCACCUCCGUACGCGUCACAUGGACGGUGGAGAACCCCUCUCAGUUUAUUCAGGGCUACAGGGUUUUGUACAGGCAAGCGUCGGGGCUACCUGCUCCGGGGGCCUGGCAGAGUCAGGACCUCAAGGUUCCGUCCGAGCGUGACAUCACCCUUGAUGGGCUGAAGAAGGGCGUGGUCUAUGAGAUCAAGGUCCGCCCUUAUUUCUACGAGUUCCAGGGAGCCGACAGCGAAUCCAUGACGGCGCGCACAAAUGAGGAAGCCCCUGGUGCGCCUCCUCAGCAGGUGCUGGUGGCGACGGUGGGCAGCCACAACAGCACCUCCAUCAGCAUCUCCUGGGACCCCCCGCCCCCCGACCAGCAGAACGGCAUCAUCCAGGAGUACAAGAUCUGGUGUCUGGGCAACGAGAGCCGUUUCCAUGUCAACAAGACGGUGGACGCGGCGAUCCGGUCGGUGGUGCUGGCGGGCCUUCAGAUGGGGGUGCAGUACCGCGUGGAGGUGGCCGCCGGAACCAGCGCCGGGGUGGGGGUGAAGAGCGACCCACAGCCCAUCAUCAUCGGUGCAGAGCUGCAGGACGUGAUGACGGGCGAGGAGGGAGCCAAUAGCAUCACCGACGUGGUGAAGCAGCCCGCCUUCAUUGCAGGGCUGGGCGGAGCCUGCUGGAUCGUGCUGAUGGGGUUCAGUGCCUGGCUGUACUGGAGGAGGAAGAAGAGGAAGGGGCUGAGCAACUACGCAGUUCAAUCCUUCACCUUUACGCGCGCAGUCACAUUCCAGAGAGACAGAGACUUACUGGGAAAUCCAAGACCGGGUCUGCUGAAGGCAGGGGAUCCAGGCUUCCCCUGGUUGGCGGACUCUUGGCCCUCUACCAGCCUGCCUGCCAACGGAGUCCUGGGACCCCCCAAGGACCGCGCCAACUACAGACGCGGCGAUGUGCUGCCGGCGGGUGGUGGUGAGAAGACGGGCACCAUGCUGUCGGACGGUGCCAUCUACAGCAGCAUUGACUUCACAGGUAAGGCGGGGGGCUACAGCAGCCCUGCCCGCCCUGGCACCCAGGCCACCCCCUACGCCACCACCCAGAUCCUCCAGUCCAACAGUUUCCACGAGCUGGCGGUGGACCGGCCCGACCCGCGCUGGAAGGCCUCGCUACGGGCCCAGCAGGAGAUGGCCAGCCUGGGAUACUCACUCACCGACAGCCGUAGUGCUAAUGGUGGGAAGGCUGGCAAGAAGAAGAAGUCCAAGAGUGGGAGUAAAACCACCAAGAGCAACGGCAGCUGCUGGGCCAACAUGCCCCUGCCUCCCCCGCCCAUGAACCCUCUCCCUGGGACCGAGGUGGACCACUACGCCCCCGACCACCAUGGAGGUGGAGGGUACGACAGUGACAGCUGGGCUCCUCCCCUUCCUGUGCAGACCUACCUGCACCAGGGCCUGGAGGACGAGCUGGAGGAGGAGGAGGAGCGAGUGCCGACCCCGCCCACCAGGGGCGUGAUGUCGUCCCCGGGGGCGGGGCCCUACGUCCAAUCCCAGUCCCCUGCCUCCAUAGGCUCCUCCCACCACGAGGAGAUGCAAUCCAUGCUGCAGGCACACCUGGACGAGCUGACGAGAGCGUACCAGUACGAAGUGGCCAAGCAGUCCUGGCAUAUAAAGGGCAGCCCACUUCCGCCCAAGGCCCCCGCCCCUCCGGUGGGCUACGUGUCCAGCACGCUGGGCUCUGACAUGGGCGCGGACGCCAUGACGGACGGGGAGGAUGCGGACGAUGAGGAGUACGACUUGUCACGGCCGCUCUGCAAGCUGGACUACACCACCGGCCGCAGCCUGGACCAUAUGGACGGCAAAGGUAAGGGCUCCUUCUCGUCGCGGACGCAGGCCGACUGCAGCCCCCUGUCCUCCGACAGCAGCCUGCUGGGCACGCAGAGCCUCGGCCACCGGGGGGCGCUGCAUCCAGCGCGCCAAGCCAAGCACCAGGCGGACAUCACCAUGGCCAUGACGGGGGUCUCGGACCACCACAGAGACAACGGCAUCGCUGACGUGCGCUCGGAUGCUCUGAGCACGGUAGGGGCGCGGCUGCACGGCUCGUCCUGGGCCAGCGGCGGGUCCGAGGGGGGGGGCCCUGACGAGUGCCUAGUGUCCACACUGGAGCGGCAGCACAUGGGGGCCUGGGCCAGCUCCGUGUCCUCCUCGGGCAUGUCCUCCUCGGGCAGGGGCACCCUGGGACGCCCCUCGCACCACCACCACCACAGCCACCAUCGCUCCUUCGCCACCGAGCCCUCAGACAGCAUACAGCGCCUGGGCACACCGAGCGGCGGAGGCACCAUGGAGACCAACCACAGAGAAUUAUAAUGGCCAGUCCAAAUGAAGAGUUGGACAUUUCACUGCCCCCUUUACCCCGCCCUCUCACCCAAGAGCUGGGAACCUCCCACUGAAACCUGUGCAAUGAAUCUCUCUCCUCUCCGUGUCUCCCAGAAGAAGAAGAAGAAACAAACAGGAAGCAAGAAAGAAAACUGGAGAGAGUGUGUGAGAGAGAGAUGAAGGGAAAAAAAAGAGAUGAAAAAGAAACUGAUGAAACUGAAGUGAUGUACAGACACAUGGAUACACACACACAUCUCACUAUGCCCCCCUCUCCUCUCCUCCCUCACCUUCCUCCAUACAUCCUUCCCUUCUCCUCC